AUGCCAGCCGUAGAUACUUAUGCUGCGGAAAUGCCACUCGUAGACGCUGCGGAAAUGCCAGUCGCAGAUACUUCUGCUGCGGAAAUGCGAAUCGCGGAUGCUUCUGCGGAAACGAUAGCAGCAGCAGGGGAGCCUGCGCAAGCCGUGGAGAUCGGGGAACCCCGUCACGCGGCGGAAAUCGACGAAUUCCCCCGAUUAACGGAAGCGGCCACUCCGCUACCCGUGGUAGCAUUGGGGGAAGCAUCGGCAGAAGCAUCGGCGGAAGCAUCGACGGAAGCAUCGGCGACUGAGUUACCGCCGGGGACUGACAGAAUUCAAGGUCAAAGUAGUAACGUUGGCGAUAUAGAUCAUGCUGGUAACUCUGGCGACCGAAAUGAAGCGAGUAACCUUGGCGACGAUUACGGCCUAGGUCCAGCUCAGCCUGAUACCACUGCACCUAGUACCAGUGCUAACGCCGCAAUUCUCGCUCCGAAAGGGCCAAUCACAGACGCGCGCAAUGGUCAAGACGCGGCGAACACGUCAGCGCGACACCGUGAGCUGGUAGACGCCACAGGGCAGCUGCUAUUCCUUGCGAGCCGCGGCAUAAUUGAGGGGGUUAUAGACCUAUUGGAUCGCGGCGUGAGUCCGGAUUUGGCGGAUUAUGACGGGCGAACGGCGCUGCAUCUGGCGGCGAGCGAGGGGAAGGUGGAUGUGGUGCGGGUGCUGCUUGAGCGAGGCGCGGAUGUGAACCCCAAGGACCGCCACGGCAACACGCCCUUGGCAGACGCGCAGUCGUAUGGAUCCGGAGAGAUCUGCCGCCUGCUCAAGGAGAAAGGGGGCAUGCUCUGUGAGAGUGCGCGCAUACGCAAUGCAGGGGCUCAUUCGUUCAACCAGCACGACUACGAGAUCGACGGCAGUGAGAUCGACCUGGGCACGUCCAAGGUCAUUGGCGAGGGGUCGUUCGGGGAGGUGCGCCUGGCGAGUUGGAGGGGCACGCCCAUCGCUGUGAAGGUGCUGAGAGAUGAAUACGCUGCCGACCCUGCCGCCCUCAACGAGUUCAGGCAGGAGCUGCGCAUCCUGCAGUCGCUGCGCCACCCCAACAUCGUGCAGUUCCUGGGAGCCGUUACCAAGUCCCGCCCGCGCAUGAUCGUCACCGAGUACCUCAAGGUGAAUCUGAGGGACGUCAUUCGCAAGAAGGGCGCGCUGCCAGCGCACGAAGCAAUGCGCUACGCCCUUGACGUUGCCAGGGGCAUGUGCUAUCUGCAUGCCCACCGGCCAGACCCUGUAAUACACCGCGACUUGACCCCCAGCAACCUCUUGCGGGACGACUCGGGCCAUCUCAAGGUGGCGGAUUUUGGCCUGGCAAGCAUCAGAGCCACUGCUGCGGCCCCACCCAAUGUCUCCACGGGCACGGGGAUGGGCCUGGGGAUGGGGAUGGGCCUAGGCAUGGGGAUGGGGGGCACCAACAUUGUAUCACUCUUCCAGCCCAACUUUUCUCGCCGACUCACUUUUUCCAAGCACAGCCAUCGCCUCUAUUCUGCACCCGAGUUGUUGGCACAGCAGGAGUAUGACAAGAGUGUGGAUGUGUACUCGUUUGGAGUUAUUCUGUUUGAGUUGCUACCCGGUGGGACCAACCAUGGGGGCAAUCUUUUCCCACUGGCACUUAGCAGCAGCGGCCACAGCAACUCGGAGGGGGGGGCGGAGGGGGGGGCAGGGGGAAGCCACCACAGUGGAGGAGGGAGUUACCAUGGGGGGGGGAGCUUAAGGGGUGGGGGGUUGUUUAAGGGGGAGAGUGCGGGGGAGAGAAGCAAGGAGGCUUCUGCCAGUGGUGGGGCUACUGCUGCUGCUGAUGGUUCUGCUGGUGCUGCUGGUGGUGCUGCUGAUGGGAGAGGGAGUGAGGGAGAGGCAGCAGCAGAAGCAGCAAGGCCGGCUGACAUUGCUCCUCCUGUCUUCACCAGACGAACAUACCCCAUGGGGAUGAAGGAGCUAAUAACAGACUGCAGGAGUGGAGAUCCAGCAGUAAGGCCUUCAUUUGCACACAUUAUAGAGAUACUAGAGCAGAUUCAAGAGGAGAUGAACCCCACAGGGAAAAGGUCAAACGCUAAGGCAUCUGGCCAUGCGUGCUGUACAGUCUUGUAA